GCUAUUAGAUUGGCUAUAUAUGAAUUAGAGUUAUUAGUGGGCUAUACUAUUAAACUUGCUCUAAUCCAACGAGUCUGAUUAGAAGGUGUCUUAAUUAAUAUAAUCGGCAGGAGCUCACUGUUUGUUAACAGUUCAGUCAAACACCGCCUUGAAAGUCGCUUAUUGUAGGGAACCUACGCUCUUCGCCUGAUUGCCUCUACCCCACAUUCAGUCAGACUGUCAGAGGCUCAAAGCUCAAGCUGGAGUAUUCAUUCAUUUCCCUUGACCGUUGUUGCCUUGCGCCACUGCGACCCCCGCGUCUGCGGCUCGCAGUCGCAGCCCGCAUAGAAAACACCACUACCGCGGCCAUAUACUUCCCUCGAUUCGACGGGAGAAGCAGAUAAGUUUUUCUAGAGCACAUCACGAUCACACUUCACCCAUUGAGCCGCCGGCCGGAAGGAGAGGAUAUGGACGGCGACGCUGGCAUGAUACCGACCUCGUCCUCCGCCGAGACGUCACCCUCUUCCUCCGAUGUCGACACCGAGUCCACGGGGUCGUCGUUCUUUCGGGACCGGAGCACGACGCUGGGGACGCUCAUGGGCGUUUCCUUCGACGACGACGAGGAGCAGCAGCAGCAGCAGGGGGAGGCGGCGCGGGACGGAGGGGAGGAGAGUGAGAGGCCCCGCGCCGCCGCGGCAGAGGAGGAGGAGGACGGGCGGCGGUGGCGCAGGAGGUGGAGGCGUAGGCGCUGGCGCGGCGCCGGCGGCAGCUGGUGGCGCCUUUGCAGGGACGACGCCGGCGGCACGACGUCGCUGGGCCACUUCUUGCACAUGGAGAGGCAGCUCGCGGGCACCGGGCUGCUCUCCGGCGACGGCGUGGAGGAGAGGAAGUCGUCGACGCCGCUGUUCGACAACGGGAGAGCGCUGCCUGCGCGGGAGGAGAGGGCCAAGUGGCAGCUGCGGAGGUCGGCGCAGGCGACGUCGUCGUCGCUAGUGAGGCUGCCGGUGCUGCUCACCGCCAUCUGCAGCGGCGGAGCCUGAUUUGUCAUUACACUUGUUCUGCUUUUAAGUUUGAGUAAAUGAACUUACGAUAGCAAGCAAGCAUUACUGAUGAACAAUGAUUUCCUGCGUAUUCGUGAUUGAAAUUACUACCAAGAAUUUGGAAA